GUUGUGAAGCAUGGAACUUCUAAAGUGCCAUCAGAGCUUGGGAAGGAGCCUCCCAAUCCUGGUGCUACCGAUACCAAGAGGGAAGAGACGAGUGUCGCCACCCAUGACAUGCUCAGAGGUUGGUCGAUCUGGAUUCCCAUCAGUUGAUCUUGCUGACGCUGUCGCGAUCCACUACAGCAACUGCGGAUUCUCCACUGAACUCCUCUGCAGAGGCCGAAAAUGGACCCACGACCGACAUUGCCCAACCUUUAUUGUCCGUCGUGUAAGAACUCACUGCUUCGUAGGGCGGGCAUCACUGACUGCCAUGCCAGAUCUGGACCUUCAGCCAAGCCACCCGAUGACCUCAAUGUUCGAGCGGAUUACGAACGAAAGGCUCUGAAUCUGAAGCAGGCAGUCCCAAAGGCACCCAUAAGUGAACGGCGCGAACAGCAUGUCGAUAGGAGAGGCAAGGAGUCUCGCCGCCGUCACAAGGUUGCUUCAAACAUGGCUCCGUGGCCUCCACGCUCCCAAGCAUACCAGGACGAGCAACAGAACCCAGACGAAGGACAGGUUGUCACCACCAAAGCCGAUGAUCAAUCAUCUGCUGCAACAAGUAGUGAGCAUGCCGCAUCCGGGAAGGCGGAAGGACCUUCCGAUAGUUUCCAAGCAUUGCAGGAUCGUUGCUCGCCUAGUGAAGCUCCAGGAGAGAUGCAGGACAAUAAAAUGUCGACUGUAGUUGUUGUCGUUGAACCCACAACGGAAGUGGAUAGUCCUGAAUCGAAUGUCCGUCAUAACGGCGAAGGAGCGUCCCAGGUUCCAUUGACGGUAACUUCACCACGUGUAACCCCUCGCAACGUGGCUCGAACGAACCAGCCAAUGCGUGUCAGCAAACCCCAGAAGAGGCGCAAUAUUCAAAAGCCGAUGACCGCCUCAUUAACUGCGCUUCCAUCGAGCUCCUACGCUCAGGUUUUUGAACAACAUAUUGACUCCCUUCGGGUGUCUUAUUAUGCUGAGUCAGUCAGGCUCGAGCAUCGCUAUGGCGUGGAGGCCAAAUUUCGCGAGGAGAAAAUCGCCGAAUUGCAGGACCGACUGAAGGAAUGCCGUAACCGCAUCCAGGUACUGGAACAGAAUGAGAUCGACAGGCGCGUCGUUAUCAAGAAUGAACAGGAGAAGGUCGUACGCCUGCACAAUUAUGUGAAUGGACUGUUCAGAGACCACACCAAGUUCAAGGAGACAACAAGAGCUCACCAAGAAAAUUGGUCAGGCCUCAGGGAGAAGAUUGCAGAACUUGAGCAGGAGAAGGUGACAUUAGAGCGAGACUUCGGAGAUACCAUCACAGUUUUGGAGCGUUCCCGCAAAGUCACCAGCCACCUGCUCAACGACGUCUAUACGAAGUUGAAGGUCUCGGAAAUUGAAAGGAUCCGUCUUCUCGACAUGCUUAGGGUGCAGAAUGCCGUGAUGGAGCAGGAAAGAGGAAGAUGUGCGGAGCUGGAGCAGCAACUCAAGUCGUUAUUUCAGUCGGUCGAAAGCCGCCUUGCGAACGAUUACUGCAGUCUAUUGGAGAGAGUCGGAAAGAUCCAGGAUACUUUAGAGGAUAGAUCUGCAGGCGAUGAACGAGCUGUGUACCUGAAGGAGGUUACCGAGUGUUUGCAUCAGUUCAAGAAUACUCCGCUGCCCUCGAAGUCGGACAUGGAAGGAACCGAAAGGAUGCUUUCUGCGCUCCGUGAGAUGGUUGAUUCGAAACUCACUGUCUUGUCGCAACUGGUCCACGAUACUGGCUGUGCCCGACAAGAUACUCAGAACGACCUGCAUACUGAAAUACGCAGACUCAGAGAGGAUAUUCUGAAGUUCGAGGAAGUCAAUUCUCAGCUGCAAAAGAGUCAGCAGCACAACGAACAUUUGCAGCAGCAGAUUGCAUCCGAAAAAGAGAAGCAUGAAAGGCGCAUCGAGCGGAUCGAAGAACUGAAUGCGAAUAACCUGACGUUGGAAAAAGCAAAUGAACAAAUUCGGUCGCAACUGGAAGCCUGGCAAACCGAAGCGGAGGAGAACCGCAAGCUUCCCACACGCGACCAACUUCAGCAACAAAACAACGAACUUCGCCAGCAAUGCGAGGAUGCGCAGCAGAGAGUGAAAUCCGUUGCUCUUGAACUUGAGGAGCAGCAGAGCCUUCGGCAACAACGAGACCAGGAGUUGACGGACUUGAAGGUGGCCAUAUCUUUCUGAUCAUGCAUUCUCUUCUUGCUGACAUGAUAGGCAUACGUCCAACAACUUAAAUCCAACCUUGACGAGUCCGUCGAGACCCAUCGAGCUUCGCUGGAGAAGGUA